AUGUCAUCCACCGCAUCUGCUUCUGAUGUCCCGGCCGUACCCCCUACCCAGGGAUUACCAACGAUAGAUCAUAUGACUUCUCGUGAUUAUUAUGCAGACAGCUAUGCUCAUUUUGGGAUCCACGAAGAAAUGCUCAAAGAUCAAGUGAGGACGUUAAGUUAUCGGAACGCUAUCAUGCAAAACCCACAUUUGUUCAAAGAUAAGGUAGUAUUGGAUGUCGGAUGUGGAACAGGCAUCCUCUCCAUGUUCGCUGCUAAAGCUGGCGCUAAACGUGUGAUCGGAAUUGAUAUGUCUAACAUCCUGGACCAAGCUAAGAUCAUCUGUGAAGCUAAUGGAUUUUCGGAAGAUAAAAUCACAUUGAUCAAAGGCAAAUUAGAAGAUGUCGAACUUCCAGUCAAAGAAGUGGACAUUAUUAUCUCCGAGUGGAUGGGUUAUUUCUUAUUAUACGAAUCCAUGUUAGACACUGUGCUCCUUGCUCGUGAUAAGUAUCUGGCACCUUCAGGGAUGUUGUUUCCUGAUAAAGCGACGAUUUUCUUAGCCGCGAUAGAGGAUCAGGAUUACAAGCAGGAGAAAAUCAAUUUCUGGGAUGACGUUUAUGGUUUCGACUAUUCUUGUAUAAAAGACAUCGCCCUUCGAGAACCUUUGGUAGACUGUGUCGAACUGAGAUCCGUCGUCACUCAUCCGUGCGCUAUCAAACAUAUCGAUAUACGGACUGUGAAGAAGGAAGAUUUAUCUUUUGAUGUUCCCUUUGAAUUGAAGGCUACGAGAAAUGACUACGUCCACGCCUUCUUAGGAUGGUUCGAUAUCUCCUUUUCUUCCUGUCACAAACCCGUCAACUUUUCAACUGGUCCUCAAGCUAAAUAUACACAUUGGAAACAAACCGUUUUCUACACUCCUGAAACGUUGACCAUCUCUGAAGGAGAGACCAUCCGAGGUCGACUUACAUGCGCUCCCAACGCAAGAAACAACCGAGAUCUCGAUAUCAAGAUAGAUUACGAAGUCGUUGGAGUAGAGGCGAUCAAAGGUAGUAUGGUGUAUAAAAUGGCGUGA